AUGGACUUCGGCGCAGCCGAUAUCACGGAAAGCUCCUUGCCAAGCUCGAGCGAUAGGCCAAACGAUGCUACAGCAGCCAGAAAAGAGUUGAAGGGCUACGAGGAACUGCCGGGGACUCUAGGAACGAAACAUGACGGGAAAGAGGUCGAACAGUCAUUACGCCGAGUCCGGACACUGGGAAGAUUGAGGUUCAGGCCUGCAGAUGACGAUGAGCCUCAGGAUUGGUGGUUCGCUUCGACGGCAAUCCCGCUUAUUGCUGCUACCUUUGCGCCUAUGGCCAAUGUCAUGUCAAUCGCGGCGCUGGUUACUUCCUGGCGGAGCGACCUACGUGGUGAAAGCAGCGUACCAGCACAAGCAAACUCGACUGGAAUACCGGAUCCACGUUGGUGCAUCACUCUAAACGCGACUUCAUUAGCCUGUGGAUUUAUCGGCAAUUUGUUCCUCCUGUUCAACUUCACAAGGACUAUUCGCUACGUUAUAUGCCUACCAGCUACCGUGAUGUCGUUCUAUUUUGCAACAGGAAUAUUGAUAGGCAUCACAUCUUCAAUGAAUGAUUACGUACCGCCUGGGCCUGGCGAGGUUUAUUCCCAAGGCUUUUGGCAUGCCAUAAUUGCUGCUUGUCUGUAUCUGUUUUGUUCAAUGAUAUUAAUGAUCAAUAUGUUGGGCUACUGUUUGGGACAUUACCCACAGCAUUUUACCUUGACCGAUGAACAGCGCAACUUGAUUCUUCAGACUAUGAUGUUCUUCAUAUGGCUGGCUGGUGGGGCUGGCAUUUUUGCCAGAACUUCUGAUGAAUGGCAAUUCGUGGAUGCCUUAUAUUUCUGUGAUGUCACCAUCCUUACGGUUGGCUUUGGCGAUUAUUAUGCUCCAAAUGGUGUCAGUCGAGGAUUGGUAUUUCCCUUUGCGGUAGGCGGCAUCAUCAUCCUCGGUCUUAUGGUCAGCAGCAUACACAAAUUCGCACGAGAUUUGAGCUAUGAUUAUGUUAUCAGAAAACACAUGGAGGCUCACCGUCAACGCACCAUCACCCGUGCUGUGAGCUCGUCGACUGAUUUGCAGAGGCAGAAUGACAUCGAAAAGAAGAUUGAUUGGAGUCACAAUCACCACCCGACAAUCUCAGGACCCUUGGCGCCGCCAAACCAAGAAAGUCGGGGUGUACGGAGAGUGACGUCGAACAGUGAUUCUGAAGGUCUUGCUCCGUCAAGUUCUACACUUGAAAGAUACCAUGAAGGAAAAAUUCAUCGGACCAUCAAGGCGGUCAGCCAACCAGUAAAGACUCUACAACGUGCACGGUUGAGACAGCCAAAGAUAAUUCUAAUGAGGGAAGAGAAGGACCGUUUCGAAGCAAUGCGAGCGAUUCAAAUGAGCGCCUCCAGAUUCAGGAAAUGGUACGCGCUGAGUCUCUCGGUCAUUGCUUUUGGUCUUCUAUGGUGCGUCGGUGCUGUUGUGUUCUGGGUAGCUGAGCAGUCAACACAACAGUUGACGUAUUUUCAGUCACUCUACUUCUGCUAUGUCUCACUGUUGACUAUCGGCUAUGGGGAUCUCUCCCCAAAGUCAAAUGCUGGCAAGCCAUUCUUUAUUGUUUGGUCCCUUAUUGCUGUUCCAACAAUGACGAUUCUUAUCUCUGAUAUGGGUGAUACUGUUAUCGCGUCCUUCAAACGCGGAACCUUCAGGCUUGCAGAUUGGACUAUCUUGCCCAAAACGGGCCUCCACCACCCUUUACUGCGGAAGAGUCCUUGGAUCAGAGAUUGGCUUCAGGGGAAGGUAGAAAAGAAGCGUGUCGAAAAGGGAUUUCCAGUCGGCCCCGACGAAAAGCAAGAAAAUGGCCCUUCAAUAGAGGAACUCGCUGAUCCUGAGAGCUAUAGCGAUGCUGAAUUGACACAUCUGUUAGCAUUGGCUAUCCGCAAGGUUGCGGAUGACCUGAAGAACCCGUACCCACGGAGAUACAGCUAUGAAGAGUGGGUUGAGUUCACCCGCCUCAUACGCUUCACAAGCCGUACAUCCGAGCAAUUGGAAGACGAAGAAUCCGAGGGCGUCAUUGAAUGGGACUGGAUAGGAGACGAUAGUCCCAUGCUCAGCGAUCAGAGCGAGGCAGGAUGGGUCCUUGAUAGACUCUGCGAGAGUCUCAUCCGCCUUCUCAAGAAGGAUAAUCUAAUAAGAUCACAGCCGCCAUCACAUCUACUGAGCCACGACAGAACAGCACGUUACCCUCUUCGGUAUCUUCGCCAGCAUCCGCCCGUGAAUCAUUGUCUAAGAUGA